UCAGGUCAGUUCAGUGAAGAUAUGAUUCCUACUGUGGGCUUCAACAUGAGAAAAGUUACGAAGGGUAAUGUUACAAUAAAGAUUUGGGAUAUAGGAGGGCAACCACGAUUCCGAAGCAUGUGGGAGCGAUAUUGCAGAGGAGUUAAUGCUAUUGUCUACAUGGUAGAUGCUGCAGAUCGUGAAAAAAUAGAAGCCUCUCGAAAUGAGCUGCACAAUCUUCUAGAUAAGCCACAGUUACAAGGAAUCCCUGUUCUAGUACUUGGAAAUAAGAGAGACCUUCCUAAUGCUUUGGAUGAGAAACAGCUAAUUGAAAAGAUGAACCUUGCUGCUAUUCAGGACAGAGAAAUCUGCUGCUACUCAAUUUCUUGCAAAGAGAAAGAUAAUAUAGAUAUCACGCUUCAGUGGCUUAUUCAGCAUUCAAAAUCUAGAAGAAGCUGAAGUCUUCCUGGAAUCUCCAGUACCAGUUGGCCAUAAUCUCAAUUGUCCACUUCCCUCCAUAAUGAGAUAUUACCCAAAAAUCCUGUAUCAAGAAUCUGCCUUUUCACGGUUCAUUUCUCAUAUGCACUGCUGAAGACUUGUAUUCCUAUUCUGUCACAAAACAACUAGAGUUGUCAUGAUAAAGUCAGCACAAAUAUUUAUUUUACAACCAUCUAUGGUGGGAGGGUUUGGGGGGGGCUUUUUAAAAAAAAAAAAUCUCUCUACCGUGUUAACUAUGAUGGUACACUCUGUUCUGGUUUUUCAGGGCCAGGUUUUUAUAUGGUUUUCAGCAAGUGUUUUAUUUCUAGUGUUUAGUGGCUUGAAGAUGCUGAUGAUUGACAGCAUUAAGAUUCUGUAAGAUGCCACAUACAGUAGUUAGAAAACAUUUAAGCGUGAGUUGUGGGAUACUGAUUUAUCUCACAAAUGCAUGUGAUGUGUGUAUGUAAGCAGAGAAAUGGAAACUGCAGAGGGGAGCACAAGGCAUAGAUCAGCAUCACUAAUCUACAGCUGAAAUCUUAUCCUGUCACUUGAAAAAAAAAAACUUAUGAUGAAUGAGGAAAGAGUCAACUCUUUAAAAUAAUUUUGUUGCUUCUGUUUAACAUUUGUGUGGGGGAUGGGAAUGGACUGUUCCGUCAAGCUUUCAAAAAUUGGAGUAUUCCAGCAUGAAAACAAAUCACUAGGAACAUCAGACUUUGUUCAAAUACAUUUUUCUAUCUACAGAUAUUAGUGGUCUCUAUCUGAAACCAGAACACACAUUCUGAGCAGCUGCAUGACACUUAAAUUACUGGUGUUUUUGUAUAGAGUCAGUUGUUGACCUUUAGCACAAUAUCUAUGUAAUUGUCUAGUGUGUCUCCUGCUCAUGAAAUGGCUGGGCACAGUUUCACCUGGUGCUAUGGAACAUCUAGGCUAUUGUGACAACUCUAGACCUGCCUGCUUUCUUGAUGUAACCAUGUGCAAAGUCUGUAAGUUGCAAGAUGAAAUGUUCUACUGUGUCAAAGCACAAGAGAGCCAAUGAAUUGAUCCUGUUUCUUGACUAGCUCCUACAGUAUAGGGAAGUAUGUAUAAACUAAAGAUUGUAAUGUUUUUGUAGCUUUACUUUCUCAAUGACUUCAAUAUAUUUAAAGGGACAGACUUGUUAAGACUGGUUUGUUCAUACAGUAAUGUCAGUGUAGCUUACUAGUGUAUGCAAAUACAUGGUACACCUGCUUGUGUUGCCUCACACUGUGUGUGAUUCUUCACCUAAAUGUAGGGUUUGCAUUAUGCUGGAGUCUUUGGUUGGAAACACCGUUUACUCCAUAUCAGUUAUGACAAGCCAGUUUUAAUUUAGACUGCCAUGGCCUUACUGUUCUGUACCAACUAUCGCACUGUUGCACAGACACUACAUGCUGCCUGCAUUCAGUCUGAACUUGCAUUUUAACUUUUUGUCCCCUUUCAGUUCUCUGAAGCAUGAUUUCAAUUAAUCCAUACUCUGGUGCUGUAGAGGAGAGGGUAUAUUAACUUGCUACUGUAGUCCCUAGUUCACCAGGAACUGCUACAGUUACUUUUAUUUAGCAAACUUGCUUGUGCCUAAAAUAAGGAAACUAAACUAGAAUGUGUGAAUCUUUGUGGGGGACCAGGUCACUGUUUAGUUAACUGGCCUAUAGCUAAACUUGAUGUGUUUGGUGUUUAUAUACUUCACUGCUUUCAGCAUUUAUGGCAUCCAAACACUACCAGUUGUUAACCUGUGCAUUACUCUCUGCAUGUGAACAACUUAUACAAUUACUGAACUUUGUAAAUACGUGAAUUUUUUUAUUUAGGUGGAUGCAUAUGUUGGUUUACUGCUCUUCAGCUUUAUUCAAUAAACUUAUGUUUUGAGGGUUG